CACGAAUGGUGACAGGUCCCGCAUUAAGGCUUCCACAGGGCCCUUCCAGACCUGUAAUUCUCUGGGUCAUUUCUGUUCCAGCCUUCAGAGGUUGAGAGUGAACCAGACACAGCAAACACCUGCCCUUUCAGGAGCUCCAGCCGUGCUAAAGGAGGCAGUGCCAGCAGCAGCACAACAGCAUCUCUUCCAACUGAAGACUUCACUCAAAGGCGGCAGCAGGCGGCGGGGCUUCUCGCUCCGGCAGCGGCGGCGACAGCGGUGGCGGCUUCCGGAGUCCCGCCGAGAAGAUGCUCAAAGUCACGGUGCCCUCGUGUUCUGCCUCGUCCUGCUCUUCGGUCACUGCCAGUGUGGCCCCAGGGACCGGGAGCCUCAUCCCGGAUUACUGGAUCGAAGGUUCCAACAGGGAUGCUUUGAGCGAUUUCUUCGAGGUGGAGUCGGAGCUGGGACGGGGUGCUACAUCCAUUGUGUACAGAUGCAAACAGAAGGGGACCCAGAAGCCUUAUGCUCUCAAAGUGUUAAAGAAAACAGUGGACAAGAAAAUUGUAAGAACUGAGAUAGGAGUUCUUCUUCGCCUCUCACAUCCAAACAUUAUAAAACUUAAAGAGAUAUUUGAAAGCCCUACAGAAAUCAGUCUGGUCCUAGAACUGGUCACAGGAGGAGAACUGUUUGACAGGAUUGUGGAGAAGGGGUAUUAUAGUGAACGAGAUGCUGCAGACGCUGUUAAACAAAUCCUGGAGGCAGUUGCCUACCUACAUGAAAAUGGGAUUGUCCAUCGUGAUCUCAAACCAGAGAAUCUUCUCUAUGCAACUCCAGCCCCAGAUGCACCACUCAAAAUAGCUGAUUUUGGACUCUCUAAAAUUGUGGAACAUCAAGUACUCAUGAAGACAGUGUGUGGAACCCCAGGGUACUGCGCACCUGAAAUUCUUAGAGGCUGCGCCUAUGGACCUGAGGUGGACAUGUGGUCUGUAGGAAUAAUCACCUACAUCUUACUUUGUGGAUUUGAACCAUUCUAUGAUGAGAGAGGUGAUCAGUUCAUGUUCAGGAGAAUUCUGAAUUGUGAAUACUACUUUAUCUCCCCCUGGUGGGAUGAAGUAUCUCUAAAUGCCAAGGACCUGGUCAGAAAACUAAUUGUUCUGGAUCCUAAGAAACGCCUGACUACCUUCCAAGCUCUCCAGCACCCAUGGGUCACAGGUAAAGCUGCCAAUUUUGUACACAUGGAUACUGCUCAAAAGAAGCUCCAAGAAUUCAAUGCCCGGCGCAAGCUCAAGGCAGCAGUGAAGGCCGUAGUGGCCUCUUCCCGGCUGGGAAGCGCCAGCAGCAGCCACAGCAGCAUCCAAGAGAGCCAGAAGGCUAGCCAAGCAUCAUCUCUGACCCAGGAUGGCAGUGAAGAUGUUAAAGCUAUUUUGGAAGGAGAGGAAGUUCAAGGAGGUGGGGCCCAAGUGGCAGCUGAGGGGGCAGAGGCUGAGCUGAUGAAGGUACAGGCCAUAGGGGAAGUAAAAGAUGCUGAUAGAAAUGCUACCAACAUGGUGCCCAAGGCACUAAAGGAUAGGAUAAAGGUGGCUGACCUGGAAAUAGAGGAGGGCCUAGCAGAGGAGAAGCUGAAGACCAUGGAGGAAGCAGCAGCCCCCAAAGAGGGGCAAGAAAACCCAGCUCUGGGAUUUGGAGCUCAGCAAAAUGAUGUGAUCCUGCCAGAGUACUGAUCUGGUUUCUUCUCAAUCUAGAAGUCAAAUUCUGGCAUCUUAUGCAUUUUGUCCUUCAGCAAGGAAGGUGUGGAAGCAUGAUAUGCACUAUAGUGAUUCUGUUUUUUGAGGUGCAAAAAAAAAUACAUAUCUAUCAGUUGGUAAUCCUAAACUCAUGCAUGUGACUGCUUUAUGAAAAAAUAGUGUCUUCUAUGGUAUGCAACGGAUACCCAAUGCCAAGGAGUUAAAUUUGAAAUCACAAGUAAACACAACAUAACAUUUAAAAACAUACAUGUUCAGGGACCAGUAGCACACAUUGAAGUAACUAGUAAAUUGUUAUUGCUUUGAAAACCUAGUCAUCAUUUAUCCUUUGGAUUUCUUCAUAAAGCAGUAAUUCCUUUCGACUCUCGCUUCACUAAUAUUAGGUAGUGCUCUAAGAUGCGUCCCAUUGCAUUCACGACAUCAUACUUUUCAGAUGUGUUCAGACUAUCCAAUGUGUUCAAACUGUUUACAAGGAGAUGGUUACAGGCUACAGUUUCAUGAUACGUACAAAAAAAAUCCCACUUACAAUGGUAAGAGAUUGAAGCAUACUUAAGGGUCAUGAAACAGAAUGCACUUAGAGCUUAUGUAGAGAAUGCUUUCUUAUUUUGUCCUUAUUUAUACAUACUAUAUUAUGAAUAACCAAAAAUGUCCUAUCACAAAUUCCUGCCAUUUUACAAUCCUGGAGAAGGUAUUUUACAAACUCCUGCUGAGGAAUGUAUUCCUUCCUUCCACUGCUAAUGGCAGUUUCUUUCUCAUGGAGAACACUUAAGGUGGGCUAUGGAAAUUGAGGGAAGAAGAGGGGCUAAGACCUGAACUUACACUCACAAAGGUUGACUGCUUGUCAUUUUGAUAAAAUUGGAUUUACUCAUGAGUUUGUACAACUUUAAAGACAGUGACAGUUUUAUGGAUAAACUCUACAAUUACCAAGUUUCAAAUAUUCAGAAAAAUCUACCCCACAGGCUGGUGUCCAAUGUCUGAAUAGAGUGAGAAUAAUAUUCCAUUAUAAGUUCAUUCAAUAUAGACUUAACUAGAUUAAGGAAACUUUUGUUUGUGAAAUUCCUUUUUUCCUUCAGUUGAUAGUUACCUUAUGAACUAUUGCUUAUGAACUAAAGAUAUUUCUGAAAAUCUGUUUUCUCUUUUUUUCAUACUUGGAAUAGUAUUGCCCAAAUUUUACCAUGUAAUUUUUAGUUUCCAUGCCAAGAAAUUUAGGACAGUGCAGCAUUUUAUUUACCUUAAAAAACGAAAAGAAAGCACUGAUUUCAAAUCAGACUCAUGAGAAACUGUAAUUAUUAGACCUAAUAAUAGAAUUAUUAGACCUAAUAAUUCACCAUGAUUUUUUUCAAAGUAUUUUUCUUUGAUUUUCAUAUGAACACUUUUCCCCCAUAGAAAUCACACUUAAAUUCCAAGGACUUCUAUUUCUAGCUUGAGUUGAAGUGAACAUUUUUAUCGAUUUAUGCAUCACAAUUUUAAGUUUCCUCAGUUUUAAAAAAGGAAUAUUCUCAAAGACCAAAAUGAUGGACAGUAAAAAUGACUGUCACAGAAAAAUCCUUAUCAAAAAAAGAUCUUAUAUUAUUUUGGCUCUUCCUCAAAACUGUGAAAUUGGAAAACGAAAUUAAAUCUCCGGUUCCUGGGGGCUACUGGACCUUGGGAGACAUUCUGCUUUCCAAGUGCAAAACUUCCUUCUUGAAAGGAGAAAAGGUAGGACUUCUCAUCGUCCCUCAUUUAGGGGCCUGGCAGUUGACCAACAUGGACAAAGGAAAAAAGCCCUUAAGGGCACAUCAUCUGGAUUCAGAAGAACAUUUUUUGUUUGGAUUUAUUUUUAUUAGCUAGUAGAGAGUACUUAUCCUCUUCCUCAUUUCUCUCCUUCCCUCUUUAUCCUCUCUCGGAAUUUCCAUGUUAGUAAUUGUAAAGGGCUCACUAUUUUUAAUCUUUAAGAAUGCCUUUUUCACUAAGCAUUAACAUUUCCAUGUAAGAUCAGUUGCCUGGUAUACUUUUCCUAAUGAGACUUAACAGGCAUACAGGGUAAGUGUCCCAUAUAUUGGCAAAGGAAAGAAGAGAGGGAAAUGGAUCUUCUUAGAAGUGGUAAUUAGUUGGAAGAUCAGUACAUACUGCCCCUCCUGGCCCCCUGUUCCAAGGGAGGGCAGUUGUUCUGUCAUUCCAUCGCUCAGGCCUGACUGUGCCUCUGGGCCUCGUGUAGCAGGAGCCAUGAAGAAAGACAAUCUUGAAUUAUGUUCCCAUUAAAAAUAAGUCUAACUGGAAUCCCAGUGGUUUUUUUUCAAACUUUAAGAGCUCAUUUGUCCCACAAAUGCAUAAAUAAGGUAGAAAUUAGAAUAAUAUGAUUGUAGAAGUUAUCUAGAACAAGUACUGUUAUUCCAAUGUAUAAUCAAUAUGAAAACUCAAUGAGAUAUUUUGAAUUUUGAAUUUUUAUACUAAGUUUUCAAAAUCAGGAGUACAUGUUAUACCUUUAGUACAUCAAGUGCUCAAUAGCCACAUGUGACUAGUGGCUAAUGUAUUGGAACAAAACUGUUCUAUAGUACUUCUUAAGCAAGAUGACACAUGGAUUGCCAAUGCUUGGAUUUGAGCUGCCUCAGUUUCAACUGAGUUGGUAGGAGGCCAAAAAGAAAAUGGUUCAGAAGUAUCAUAGACUGAAAUAAGUAAAAACUCUUGGCCACAUCUGCUUAAUCAUGUGCUUCAAAGGGUUGUUUCCCAACACGACUUUUAGAAAACAGUACUUUCCUGGGCAUUGCAAAAUUGUCUGUUGGCUACAAUCCCUCGAGUCCUCCUUUGGGCCCUGGAAUCUUGACCACCGUCUAGAGUCUCCUGAGUACUGCCAUAAAGUCAAUAGUAUUCUUAUGUAUGAAAAUUUACUGUGAGCAAUCCAUGGGCCCCCGUUCAGGAGGGACGGCACAAAAAAUGUUAAUAGGAUUUGUAGGGCUGGACUAAGCUGGGCAUCAUUUUCUAACAGGCAAUCUUUCUACAAAUCUACUGAAACAUACCAAAUUUGCAUGAUAAAGAUUAUAUGAUGAUGAGGAGGAUGAUAUCCCAGUAACUCCCAAAAUGGGAAUGAUCACCGGCUGGCAUUUUUUAGAUUUCCUUAGAACGAUUUAAUCAACACUGCCAUUAUACAUGGAUUCAAAAGACUUAGAAUUUUCUUACAUACUGCUAUUUUAGAAUAAUCCUCAAGGUUCUAUAGCCAUUUUUAGUGGCAAACUUAAAAAAGAAAGGAAUAGCUUGCCUUUUACUGUGACCUCAAUUACAUAGUAUUUUAAACACAUUUUGUAAUUUAGAACGUCUAGCAAUCCUUAUUUCCAGUUUUACAUGCAAGGUAACUGCUGGUGGGUUGCCUACAGACCGAAGAUUGAAAGAGAGCCAUUUUGUUUCAUAAUUCAGUUUUUAUUCCACAGAAGCAUCUGGUUGCAUUUCAAAUUGGAAAACAGAAGUAAAUGCCAGAAAAGGCAAAGAAUAAAAUUAGUAAACCAUUUAUUCGGUUUUAGGAUUGUUCUUGCAAAGUAAAUGAAAAAAGGAAAAAAGUCAACGAAGUGAAUCAGCACUCGGUUUUUCUGGAUGAAGGUUGACGCCACAUAAAACUGAAAUAUAAUGAGCAGAGUCAUUUACAUAACUACAAUGCCAUUAUGUAAUUUACUUGUCAUUGCAGAGUAUUCAGUCUGGUUAUGUAGGUCUACUUUAGAUGGUGCAAAGUUUCCAGACAUUUGCCUACAUAAUAGGCAAUGUAAUAUCCUUGCAAUUACUGUCUAUUAGGUCAUAUUCCAAUUUCCUUAAUGUUCAUCAUGGAUAUGUUCCUGAUUAGGGUCAUUGUUAUCAUCUGAGCAUUUACUGGUUAAAUACUGCUUAAUGGCUAGACUCUCUGUAUGUCAUCGGUGUUUUUAGAAACAUUUAUGUGCAUGCAAACACAAUGGCAUUAUAAUAUUCAUAACCAUAUGAUAAGCAGAAAUGUACCCAAUAACUUUCUAUACAUUUUUUUCAAAGUCCUUUUCUUCCCCUGGCACAACUCAGGGUGAGAUUCUGGCUCCUUGAAUAAGGGAAAAAAAGACCACUGGAGAGAUACCAGCUACCCACCAUGGUUACCAAGUUCAGCAUUUUCUCUUUCUACAUUCUCAUCUACUAAGGGCCAGUUUUUGUCGUUAUUACUCCUUUCAGAUAUCACCUGAGUUCAGAUAAUACAAUCUCAGCUCACAAAGCCCAACCAUUUAUAUACUUACCUUGGAGAGCAAUAACAAACUUGACUAAUUUAUGUUGGUUUGUUUAAAAUUCCGAUUUUCAUAAAUGCUUGUGAUAUACUCUAGAGGAUUUGAUUGCAUGAUUUUAACAUCCUUCAAGACUCAGCCUUUUCCCUAUCACCUGGCCCAGAGGUCCACCUAGAGCAAGAUGGAAGCCUUGAAUGAGAGCGGACCAUCUGACUCCUUUGCAGGAAUCAGACAUUACUCAGAAGACUCCAGGUGUCCGACCUGGUGGAGUUUAAAUGAGCCAAAAAUGGAAAGAAAGCUCUUCCCAUGCCCUGACUGAAAGUGAUGCUAUUUGAAUAUUGGUAUAUUGCCAUUAUUCAGUAAUGAGAAAAUGGGACUCCACCAGUCAGCUACCCUUUCCCAUAUCUUGGUUUGCUACCGCUUGUCCCAAAUCAAUGUUUUGCUCCAUCCUUCUGGCUGUCAGGCUGCUCUCUCAGCUUGUGAUAUCUUCUAAAACCCGGAAGGAAGAUCCCAGACUUGCUGGAGAAAUGCAGGGCCCUUGGUGGCCCAGAAUUUAGUCUGAAACUCUGAACAGCAACGCUAAGGCUACACAAUCAUGCUUGUUCUUAAUAGUUGUUUUCAGCACAUUUUGAAGAUUGACCUGGAAAAUCCAUUGGUAUGGAAUGUUUAUAUCUGUGUAAUCUUUCCUAUGACCCAUUGUUAAAAAUGACAGCUAUUUAAUCUUCAGUCAGUUAAAAAUAGUAUUUCUUUUCCAUUUAGGAGAUUAUUUGGGGGCACUCAAAUACGAUGGGCUUCACAUUAGAAUUUUUGAAAGCUGUUUUUUCCCUAAGUGUUCUCACUCUGACAACAAUUUGUGGAUAAAAAUUUACUAGCUUGGUCCUUUCUUUGUCCUUUCUUUGAACCAUGUAUAGUAGUUCAUCUGGUUUGUAAAAGAUAAAAAUAUGACUAUAAAUUGAAAACUGUCAUAACUGCCUCCUGUUAACCUGACCUGUUUUAUUGCCUAUCAUGUAGCAACUCAUAGUAACAUAGAGUACAAAUAGCAUAUUCAUGAGUUAUGAUUUUGUUUACUUUUUAUAAUCAAGGUUAUUACUUGAGUUACAAGUUCUCAAGGUGUUUCUAUUCAUACACCCUUAGUCUCAGUAUUAUUUCAUAUUUCUCAGUCCUCCCAAAGCCAAAAAAAUUAUCUAACAUGUCCAUUUAUUAAUUAGGUAGGCCCACACAACAUAAUAGUAGUAUUGUAUUCUGUAUCUGAUAGAUACUGCUCUAUUUCCCUUGAAAUUUUAAAAUUUCUUGUGAGUUCACUGAUAGGGAACAGCAGACAGGGGUUUAAGUAAUUCCUUAUGCCCAGUGAACUAAGCAUAUCAAGGAGAAGGUAUUAUUAGUAUACAUGAGUUAGAAGCGACUGUUUAUACUUUCUUAUUUGAUUAUCAAUCAUUCUUUUAUCUAUGGUUUUUACGAAAUACGCAUAAAACUUAUAUGUACAUUUUUAAAAAAGCAAUUUCCACAUCAUUACCCAAGGAAAUAACUUUAAAUCUCCAAAGAACAAUUUUUAGGAAUCAGGCAAACUAUGCUUCACAGACCAAAUCCACCAGAGGCCUGUUUUUAUAAAUAAAGUUUUUAUUAGAACA